AAAAGAGAGCGCCGGGCCGCUAUUGGCGAGAAAGGGUCGCUCCUCGAGCCGCAGCCUAUCGCAGCGCGGCGAGGGCGCGCCUCGGUCCAAUGGCGGAGCGGAGCGGCGCCCGGCCCACGAUUGGCCCUUUCUUCUCCCGUCGAGCUCCGGCCCGGCGGCCAAUCGGCGCGCGGCUGGAGGGGGCCGCGGGUGGAGGCGGCGGAAAGCGGCGCUGCCAUUGGCUGAGAGCGGCGCGAGGAGCGGUUUGAAUCGGCGGCGCCGGGCGGGAGCAGCCAUGGCCAAGCGCAGACAGCGCCGCCUUCAGCCGAGCAGGCGCUGUUUGAAGGCCUUUCGCACGACGCCUCCGUGCCCAGCAUCGCUCCGAGGUGGCGCUGAUCGCAGCGCUGCCACCCGCCCCGGCUCCAGUCCCCUCCCUCCGGCCGCAGGCUCAGCCCGCUCCUCGCUCCGCGCUGCUCCCUACGUUAAACACAUGGUCAGGCCUUUGGCAGCGGUGGUGUCGUUGCUGUACUGCUGGUGCCGCAGCGCUGUCACGCAGGGUUUUCUGGCGGUUAAAGAGAUGAUUUUUCCAUCGCAAACCUACUUAAAGGAGCUAAAUGCAUUCAAAGAGCAGCUGGAAAAGCUGGAAAUGGAGUUUUCCAGACUACAAGGAAUGCUGCAGAAGAAUGGAAUUACGACUUCAGAAAGCUCUCAUUGUCAGAGGUGCAAUAAAGCAGCUCUGGGUGCUCCUGUAGAAGUGCAGCCAGACCCUCCACCAUCAGUUCCUGGGCCUCCUGCAGUGCAGCUACAGCCCACAGCUGUGCCACCACCUCCUCCUCCUCCACCUCCACCACCACCACCACUGCCACCACCAAAACUGCCUGCAGCACCUCUCCUCCUCAAACGUGGCAAUGGCUCUAAAGCACUUCUGGAGCCAUCAGUAAAAAAGGAUGCACCGAUGCACAUCACUCUCAAAGAUCUCCUGAAUGUAAAGCUAAGGAAGACAGACAGCAGCCUGAGAACAGACAAGUCAGGAUCUCCAGCGAGGACACGCAGGGCAUUAAUUACGGUCUCUGAUCUACAGAGUGUUAAUUUGAGAUCCAAAUCCAAGCCAUCAGCUCACAUUACAAGCUCCUUAACCAGUACCACUCCUAAAAAUCAGUUUGAUCUUCGGAAACAUCUUAAGAAGGUCAAUGUACAGAGAAGUCCUGGUGGCACUCCACUAAACAAAGAAAACACUGAAUGUGGGACUGGGCUGACACCAAUUAUGACACAGGCACUACGGCGCAAAUUCCAGAUGGCACAUCCAAAGAGUCCCUCACCGGCCCGGCUGAGCACUGCAAACAGCUUUGAUGAGCACAAGUAAGGUUGGCACAGCACCGUGUUCUCAUUUAUGGCCAUGGAGCUGCUUGGAUCACGUUUUAAUGUCACGGAGGCACAAUGGAUGUGAGUGUGUUAUGAAGGGGACAUUCUGAAAACACUUUAUCCAAAGCCUGCCUUGCUUUAAAGGCCACAUCGUUGCACUGCGUCUCAAUGUGGAUUUGUAUCCUGUAUGGACAAAAUGAGGCUUUUUCAGUAUUCUAAUGCCUUGUUGCUGCUGAAUCAGGGACUGUUUGUUCCUGGUGCUGGUUCUGUUUGUAAUAUCCGUGUGUUUGUUUAUGGAAAUGCAGUAUUUUUUAUAACAAGA